AUGGAUGAUCCUACUCUGUUGAUCUUAUGGCUGCUCAGCUGGCUGGCCGUGGCUAUCAUGGUUACCAGACUGGUGCUGCGUAAGGUCAGAGGCCAAUACUUCGGUUUGGGCGACUAUCUCACAAUGGGUGCAAUCCUUUGUGCCUUGGUCCGCCUCCCGCUGAUACACGUUGUCAUUACCUGGGGGACCAACAACAUGUCGCCAAAGCUCCGCGAGAACACACAGUGGACAGCAGAGAAGAUAUAUCGCAGGGAGAUUGGGAGCAAGUUCGCCGUGGCGAAUCGCGUCUUUUACAAUUCAUAUCUGUGGCUGCAAAAGCUCGUCCUGCUAGACAUCACACGGCAGCUCAUUAAGGGCUUGCACUGGGAAUAUAUCGUUCUCCGGUCCUUCUACGUCGUAUUUGCGGGUACCUACAUUGCUGUGCAAGUCGUCACCUUCUCCGAAUGCAACCCUUUCCACUUGUACUGGCAAGUGCUUCCUUAUCCAGGAACCUGCUCGCAAGCGCAAACCCAACUCCUCACGCUCGGAGUUCUCAACAUCAUCACCGACAUCAUGCUCAUGGCCCUACCGGUCCCCAUCUUCUUCUACUACUGGAAGCGGCCCCUGCUGCAGCGCCUACACAUCGCCUCGCUCUUCUGCAUGGGCUUCUUCAUCGUCAUCAUCACCGCCAUCCGCCUCCCGCAGAACCACAACCAAGCCGUCAGCCAAGUCAACCGAACAACAUGGGCAAGCAUCGAGUUGUUCGUCGCCGCGUUAGCCGUCAACGCGCCGGUGCUAUAUACGCUGAGAAGGAAGAACCAGCGAGGACAGCCGCCGCCGCCCGCGACGGUCAUCGAGCUCAGCGACGGGCCGGCGAGCGACUCGCCAAUGGUGCAGGAGAACGCGGCGCACUUUCACCAGACCAGAGUUGACACGGCUAUGGUUCCGGACACACCAAAACUAAAACGCUAA